AUGUCGGCAGUCAAGGUUGUGCUUCGAGCCAGACCAUUAUCGCUCAAGGAAGAACAGAAACGUGCUCGCAUUAUCCUGGACUUUCCAGAUAAGACCCAUGCGCUACUAGCAAGACCAUAUCAGUCUCUGUUGUCAUCAUCAACAUCACAUUCGGGAAUCCAGUCCCCCUCAGCUUCGGAUCCCAGCCUCAACGACGAUCCAUUGCAGCGCACGUUUACAUUCGAUCACUGUCUUUGGAGCACUGCUCAGGAUCGUCCUCAUUACGCAUCGCAACAGCACGUUUAUGAUGUUGUGGGGAAGGAGUUGGUUGAUCAUGUACUUCAAGGAUAUAAUGUAUGUGUACUUGCAUAUGGUCAGACUGGUGCUGGAAAGACGUAUACCAUGAUGGGAAACAAUACGGAAACGGGACUGGUAGGACUUAUGUGUGAAGCUAUACUGGGCGCAGAAGAAGAGUCAAGUUGGAGGAGAGAGUUUGAAGUAUCAUACAUGGAAAUCUAUAAUGAAAAAGUACGAGACUUGCUGAAUCCCAACAAUCGUGGCAAUCUUCGAGUACGAGAACAUCCGUCACUUGGCCCAUACGUCGAAGACCUAUCGAAAUCCGUCGUGUCAUCCCAUUCAGAAACACUGUCGUUACUUCUAGCAGGCAACAAGUCACGAACAGUAGCUGCUACCAACAUGAAUGACACAUCAUCACGAUCUCAUGCUGUGUUUGUCCUUACCAUAACUCAGAAACACGUAGAUCCCACCACGCAAAUGACGACUGAAAAGUUGUCUCGAGCGUGUUUUGUGGAUCUCGCGGGAUCUGAGCGAGCUGACGUGUCGGGGACAUCGGGAGUGAGACUCAAAGAAGGUUCUCAGAUCAAUAAGAGUCUGACAAGUUUGUGUAAAGUUAUAUCACUAUUGGCUGAAAGGAGUACAAAGGCUAAUAAUUCGAGUUUGCAUAUUCCGUAUCGUGACUCGGUUUUGACGUGGUUGCUAAAGGAUUGUCUUGGAGGCAACUCUAAAACAACACUACUGGCUCUAGUAUCACCAACCGAUAGCUGCCAUAACGAAACUUUAUCAACACUCAGGUUCGCAGAACGAGCCAAAAAGGUUAUCAACACGCCUGUCGUGAACGAGGACGCCAAUGGCAGGUUUAUUCGAGAGUUACAAGAAGAAGUGGAACGGUUGAGAAGUCAGCUAGAUUCGUACUCUUCUUCCAAGACUGUACGAGGCAUGGUGGAUUUGACGAUGGGUGGAGAGGAGGCUAUACAGGGUGUUCAGGAUGAGUUGCUAGCUAGUAAGAAAUUGUUGGAUGAAAUGAUGGAAAGUUAUGAAGAUAAGCUUAGGAAGACUGAGACCAUUCAACAUGAUAGAGAUCGAGCUUUGGAAGAACUUGGUAUUGUAUUGGAUGUUACAUCGCCUAAUGGUGUAGGAGGUGUCUAUACUCCCAAAACCAUCCCUCAUCUGGUCAAUCUAAACGAAGACCCAUUCAUGUCAGAGUGCCUCAUCUACAAAAUUUCACCUUUAAUCACCAGAGUCGGGCGAGCAGGAACACAUCCAUCACCAGAUAUCGGUUUAACAGGAGAUAACAUACUACCAGAUCAUUGUCAUUUCGCCACUGAUGAUGAUGGAUCAGUGACGGUUACUCCAUCUGAUAAUGAACGUGCUGUUGUACUGGUAAACGGGAGGAGAAUUGAUGGCAAGAAGCGACUUAAAUCAGCAUAUAGAAUCAUUAUUGGUGAUCAUAUUUUCCGCUUCAAUCAUCCUCAAGAACUUCAACGUGAUCGGAAUCACCAACAACUUAUACGGACAGCAUCGCCAGACCCUCGGAGACCUUCACUAGACUCGUCAGCUGGUUCUCGAAAUGCUUCACCAGAGCCUCCCCUGUCUUCCUCUGUAGUGGACUGGUCUUUCGCUGUGAAAGAGCGUGAACAAUGGGAUGCCCAAACUGCCAGCUCCAUAUAUAGCAGCGGCUCGGACAUAACCAUGGAACCGUUCAAGAAACCUGCUUCCGUCAAACCAACACAAAAGGAUAGAAUCAAGAAGGAAGAAUGGGACGAUCAGGCCCAAAAGAUUGCCGAAUUGGAGCAAGAGAUCAGUCUCGCCAGAACGCAUAUUGCUGAUAUGGAAGCUGGCAUGAAUAUAGGAUCAGAUCACUCGUAUGGUCGAAGUCCUUCAUCAAACAAAUCAUCGCCUAGACAGAACGUGUCCGUCAUAACUGUAGGAGGUCUACAGAUCACAGUCGGUGGGUCUGCUAUAGCAAGAAUGGAGAAGGAAGUCGCUCGAGAGAGUGAACGAUUGAAAACUCUAGAACGUAAACUCGAGUCUGAACGAUCAGCUUUAUAUCGCAAGAUCUCUGGUGACUCGUUACGUGCUGCUUAUAACAAUGCCAAUAAUAUAAAUGGUAGUAACGUCAAUGCACUAUCAGAGCAAGAACUGCAAUUGAUGACGAAAGCAGGGACGAAAUGGCGCGGCAGACGAUGGGUUUCCUUCUCCAAACAAUUAGAAGGUUUGAAGAAGAUCUUGAAGGAAGCUAAUGUCAUGUCAAUUGAACUGGCUGCCGGUGUCGCCUACGCUCCAUUCUGUGGACAUUUAUCACAAAAGACUAGUUUCUGGGAAGUCUCUGAUGUCACUAGUCCCAGCUACGACGAUGAUAAUGUGGAUGAGGAAACUGGUGGAUCGUCUCAAGUUGGGAUUGGAGUGCUUGUGUUGGAUGCUAAACAUGAAAGCGUUUAUGUCUGGCCACUCUCGUAUCUGAAUGAACGCCUUCCAUAUAUGCGUGCCAUGUUUAAUUACUAUGAAGGUACUCUGAACUCACCCAUCACACCGAUAACCAAACCUACUGAUGUAGAUGCAGUCUUCGGUGGACGUCCAGGUAGCAAGUCUCGACCAUGGUUUACACAGAUAGGAACCACAUAUAUAUCAGCACGUAACUUGAUUCGUCGUACAAGUAAAGAAGUAGUGUCGUCAGUAUUUAGCAGUGAAGGUGAUAUUUUAGGUUGGCUCAAACUCAAGAUUGAACCAGUUGGCUCGGUGUCGACACCCACUAUGGGCAAUCCAAGACUACUACCAUUACAGACAUCUCAAUAUUCCGAUUUGGAUGAGUUGGUCAUUGGAACUGAUUUAAUAUUCGAAGUCAGUAUCACGCAGCUGUCUGGAAUUAGUGAAUCUGAUUGGACGCAAGUGCAUGCUCAGUUACGAUUGAGUACGUUUAGCAACGGAGCCAGUGUAGAAAAGGAUAAGAUAUAUUCCACUGAACCCGCUAUUGGAUUUGGCCGUUAUCCGAUAACAUGGAACUUUUCGCAAACCAUCAGUCUCAAGGUCGAUCAAAAUGUAAAGCAGAUCAUAGAACGAGGGACAAUUGAAAUUGAAGUGUUCGGAAGAAGAAGGAAGGAAGUUUCUGAAGUUAUUGCCGAAGUCUUUGGAUUCCGCUCUGAGGUAGAUGACAUUUUGUCGAAUGAAAGUCUUGACUCGUCACCUCGUUUGCCCGAUGCUGAAAGACCCAGUGUAGUCAAGAGUCCUGAAGAGAUUGAAUCUGAAUUAGCGGAGGCACAGUCAACAAGCAUUGUUGCUACAAUACGCAAACGAGCUGCUGAAAUGAAGAUUAAACAAGACCAAGAACGAAUAACUAGUAGGUCUGGUAGUAGUGAUGGUAUUGGGCGGGGAAAGAUUGUAUAUAUGGGACACGGAUCUAAUGGCCAUAAUCGACAAGAGCUUCCCAACGUAUGGAAGACUGUUGAAGUCAUUGCUAGAUCCAUGCCGUUACCUGGUAAUAGUACUAAAAACAGUGGAAGCUCUCUGAACUCUUCACGAACUCAAGUGGCGAACUUGAGACGUAGUUCCACAUCAACCUUCCAAUCCACAACAACAACUGCAGAAGGUAAAAAGACAAGACUUGAUGCCAUCUUGCAAACCCGAGUCUUGGAAUUGAGCUCUGAUGGUGAAUUCCGAGAUGUACCUAUACAAUGCACACUUCCUCAAACAACUACACCCAUCUUCCAAUUACGACAAGGAUUACAACGACGUAUUGCCCUUCGAAUCCGCUAUUCCUCCGAUCCCAAAUAUAUAACGUCUAUGCGAAUCACCAGCAUAUCAAUCGGUGGUGCUUAUAUUGAAUCUGCAUAUACACCGCGCAAAUCAUCAGCAUCAGGUCCUAGUGCUCGUAAUUCAGUAGUCCAAAUGCAUUCUACGCCAUCAUCUGCUCGAUCAUCCGUUGCCGGUCCCAAUAAUAGGAGCUCGGUAGUAUCGCUUAUACAAGGUCAUAUCUCGAAUGUAAAUAAUGGUGUUAAUAGUUUGAAUGGAAGUGGUCGCACUGUGUAUAUCAGGCAUGAUGAGAUUGCGAGACAAAAAGCUUCCAAGGAUUUGAGUGCUGGAAAGGCUCAAGUCGAUGUUGUAUUUACUUGGGAAUCUGGAUCUCCUGAGACGGAUCGAGAGACUGAGGAUGGCAAGAAGGUCUUUGCUACGCUAUCGGUUGAGGCUGUUGUUGAUGGAGGGGCAGUUGAUUCCACUCUUUCAUUCUCAACAUUAAUCUCAUUUGUGGUCUUGCCACGUAUGCCACCAGCGCCUAUAUUAUCCCCGGGUCGACUCUCCAACUUUAUAUCCUCAUUGGUUGGUGGAACUCCUCCAACCCUAAUAACACAUGCUACCUCCUUAUUCGAACUCUUGGUCAAACAACUCCCAUCACGCACAUCAUAUUGGAGAGCUCUUGAUACAGGCAACGAAUACGUCCGUGGUGAAGAAGUAUUGAAUGGAUGGACACCGCGCGGACGUGAACUAGUAGCUAAAUACAUCCAGGACCAUGAAAAAUCCUUACUUCAACGAGAUGUUGAAGUCUGGAGAGGUCGGUGGUUGGAAGCUAGCGAAUGGGUCAAUUCUCGUGGUAAUAUUGGGGCAUGGAGUGCUGAUGAUUCGGGAGAAAUUGAACGCCGAGUUGUGGAGUUAUGGAAGGGAUUGGUACGAUCCUCUUCUAAGAAAUAUUAUGAUACACUGCUUGGCAUCGAGUCUGGUGGCAGUGGAAGUGAUGAUGGUGAUGAAGUGGGAGCCACGUGGGCUAUGGAGGUCAAGGCUAUUCCUCAACGGAAUCCCGUGGUUACGCAUAGAGGCUAUCUUCAUACGCCAGAUGAUGCCAAAGGAACUUUAUCGUCGUCAUCAUCAGCGCCACUUGUAUUCAACCCCAAUGCUACAUGGAAUCGUCGGUAUUUCGUCUUACAACGACCGUAUCUAUUUAUGUAUGUCGAUGAUUCUCUCAGGGACGAAAUCAACAUUAUCACUGUCAGAGAUGUACGCGUGCAAUGGGAUACUGAUAUUGAAGAACUUUUACACCGUUCGAAUACGUUUAGCAUGUAUUCGAAUAGUCGAAGCUACCUUUUCCAAGCUGGCAAUGAACAGGAGACUGCAGAUUGGAACAUAGAAUAUGCAUACUUGGAUGCUUCAAGCGCGAGUGGGAAAAAAAAUCUACGCGACUUGAAAUUUGAAGCUCAAGCAAAACACAACUUGACGCAAGCCAAAAUGGAGAUGGAUCUCGAAGAAGAAGUGAGGGAGGCGUAUGAAAAUGUGGCUCCACCACUACUGAAACUGGGCAUAUGCAAAGAAGGCACAGUCCGUACAUCUCUUUUAGCAUUGAAUCGCUCAUUACGAGGCCGACUGGCUCCAUGGGGUGAUUCCAUCGCAGUGCAUCCUGCUGCGAGAUUGCCAAUCGAACAUCUCGACCAAACUUCCAGACAACGAGCACACGUAAAGCACGCACAGGACCAACAAGUAACUGUAGUAGCAUUAAAACCAUUCAACGAAACACGCAAACUGUUCGUGGAACGCACGUUUGAGAUUUAUGCCACGCUGCAAAAUCCAACGAUAUUGGCUACCAACCCAACGAGAAGCAGCAAUAAUUCGCAUUCUACGAUGAUGAUGGAUGUGGAAGACGAUGAUGAUGCUAGUGGGUUGUAUGGUGGGGUUGACGAUAAUGAUGUGGCAUAUGCAUCGAGAGUGACUGCCGAGCACAUCGUCACUGUCAGCUCAUUAUACAGAACAGAGCUCAAACAUCAUAUAAAAUCACUAGAUAGGGACACGCAUGAAUCCGAGGUCGAAGUAUUCCAAUCAAUGCAUUCUAUAUGGGAGUUGUGUGAAAUCAUAUAUAUGAAUCUGGACGAUAUGAUACCUAUAUCCACAGUAUUGCAAUCAUGGCUGAAUACCAACUAUCGAGGUCCAUCUCCUAAAGUCGCUUCGGCAUUGAAUGAUUUGCCUGGAGAAGCACUUGCAGCAAACAAGAGCUUUUGGCAAUACGUGCAUCAAUGUACGCUACGAGGGAUGCAUACUAUAGCUGUAGCGCUGCUGGAACGAUUGCCAUAUUAUAAGGACUCGCCAAAGGGGCCUGUGAAUAGAGUGAAACAGAUAGUACGACAAGUCACUAGUAAGAUGUCGAUUAUCGAAGUAGACGAACGAUUUGAAGCCAUUCGAGAAUCAUGCUUGUCUGCUCUAGCUUCCAAUGCACUUGUAGACAAACUAGGCACUCGAACACAGGAUGUUGAAGGCUUUAAGGUACUCUUCAAAAUAUUGAGUGGUGAUGAAAAGACUAUUAUAGAGAAGAGUGCUGAUUGGCGAGAGGGUCUUGUGGCUCUAGCCAUGUAUUCUCGACCGUCAAUUAAAGCUACCGAGCUCUCUGAGCUUCUAUUCCCACUCAACUAUAUAAUAGACAAGUCAGAACCACUGGAUGCUGCACUGGUGGCAUUCAUUCAUCAGGAUAUGAUGGCUGCUAGACGCCAUUGUGCACAUAUAGAUUUCUGGCUCGUGACACAUCUAUUUGAUGUGCUAGAUCGAUAUGGCAAAUCAAUUAGAAUAGGUGGUAGUAAUAAUGGUAAUCGCACCUUCGGUGAUUUGAGCAGUCGAGGUUUAUUGGCUGAGUCUACGCUAUCAACGUUAUGGGAAGAAGACAAGUUUGCUGCUGCUUCACAACGCUCAAAUAUGAGAGAAUGGACGAUACUCAACUAUGCCGAGCAGCUGCUACCUCAUCCAGAGUUGUUCGUCAUGGGGGUCGAAUACUUGUCGUAUUGUCCAACUAUCGGUCUACCAUAUAUGAUUGAAACCAUCUUGCACCAUUCACCAUCAUCAUCACCAGCACAAGUAGAGAGGAUAUUAAAACUAGCCCAUAAACAUAAAUUAGACUUGGUCGAGAAGGAAGUACAUCGAAUCAUGGCCCAAGUUGAACUACACCGUGGACAUCUAGUCCAAGCCUUGACUCAUUACGCCCUCGCCGGAGAACCACACCGCGCUGCAGUUCUAGUCAACGCAGCCAUGAGUGAAUGUCAUAAAACAGGAAUACUGGUUGAUGGACUUGUAACUGUAAAAACCGAUAUACCGGCCAUAGAAUUCUUCAACGCCUAUCAACAAGUCCGAGAAUGGUAUAAAACAGGAGACCAUUAUAAAGCUGCAUCAAAGAUUAUUUUAUUGAUGACUAGCGGGAUUGCUCCUCAUUCCUUUUGGGGUAUGCUAUUGCUAGAUGCUUUGCCAAUGCUGGAGGGCACGCAAGUUGUAUUUGGAGUUGCUGAUACUUAUGAGCUCAUGCGAUGUUUGCAAUAUAUUUGCACAUCCCACAAGAGUGCCGAGUAUCUGGGAAUGUAUGGCCAAGAAGGACAUGCAUAUGGAGGGAAACGAGGAUUGUCGUCGGCGAAUUUGGAUGUCAUAAGAGCCGCUCUAGCCAGGAACCUUGCAAGGGCUAUGGUCGUCGAGCUGGAGCGCUAG